GGACCAUUCACUAACAGUCAUGUCACAUCAUGGAUCAUUCACUCAAAGUCAUUGUCUAUAUCUUGGAUCUUGGGCGAACUUCCGCAUCAGCAGAGACUUUUCCAGCGUCAAAACAGCAUAUUCGGUCAUGGCCCCCUUGAUACGCAACAUCUCCCGGCAGGAGGUGCAAUGGGUCAACUCCAGCAGCUCCUGCACGUACAACAAGAUCUGUUUCUUCAGGCGAACCAAGUUCGUGGUCUACCUAGCUGACCAUGCCACUAUCAUUGGACAUUUCCUGAUCAUCUCUGCUAGCAACCGCUACAAUGAACUACAGGACCAAUCUAUACCGGGUUUCCCUGAUGCUCAGAUUGACACCAGCAAUCUACUUAGCAGCUUCGCUUUCGGGAUGUGCGCUUGCAUCAUUCCAUUAGGCGUCUUGAGCCUCCUCCUGAUAUUCGACUCUUUCUGGCCGGGGCGGAAAGAGACCCGUUGCAUUCAGUGGACAUGGAAACUUGGUGCUGCUGCGGCAAGUCUGUCCCAACUAGCAGCAUGCAUAGUAAUGACAAUUAUCGUGGCGACCCAGGGAGUUCAGAUACACGGCGUGUCAGCGGAUGAAGAGGCAGCCAUCCGCGGCAACUGGAACUGGAUCUCUUUGGCGUACGGAAAAGAUGGCCGGACAGUAGCUGGGCUAGUGUUCUAUUGGAUCGGAUGUGUAUUCAUGUUCUGGAGUACCAUUGCCAUGUGGCAUUGCUACGCGUACCACAACAUUCACUGGCCGUUUGCCAAUCAUGCGAGACAAAUACGGAGCCACGGAGCCAAGACGGUGUUAAGGUCUUCAGUUAUACUCAACUCUAGUGAAGUAGCUGAGCCUCGUUGGAAUUAGCCACUUCCGGAUGGUUUGGGUGAAUUAUUAGCUUUGUUGCUGCAUGGGUGAACUAUUUGAGCCAAGUGAUAGAACAAAUACAAAGUUCAGAUUCUUACUGCAUAGUGAUUCCGAU